AUGAUAGAUAUGGAUCUAGCCAUCGAUGUUACGUCUAGCUGUCGAGUGCGCGUACUGCUUGUGCCAGUAUCACCUAUCAAGAAAUCCACCUUUUACAAGUACGUGGAAUUGGUAAAAACAUUUCAUGUAGUGCGUCUGGGUGAUGUUACGCCAGACUUGAAGAAAGGUGCCAAUGCCAUGUUUAGCAGCCAAGUGUUCCAAGAAGGUCAAAUGCACUUUCAAUUCAUCACACACUGGACUCGAGAGCAUGCUGAAUUGGAGGAUUUUCAACCGCAUCGUCGCAUUUUCGGGGUUAUUGGUAUCAUGGAUUGUCAGGAAUGGAAGAACAAGAGCUUGCGUGGAGGAUACAAGCAGUUCUCACAGGACCUCGAUCAGUAUCCCACUGCAGUGGCAACCAGAUGCUUUGCCUUUGAUCCCUCAGAAACACAAGAAGACGAUACCAAGGGCCUCAUCAUGAUACCAAAUGUGGGCAACAUGUCGUUUUACAUGAGCACCAUGAUUUGCGAUUUUGCCAGUGAGAUCCUGGAACAAUUCGCCAUUCUUGCUACUCGCAUCCAGAAGCUGGAGACACUCGAAUCGCCCGUCCCAAACAACAACCACACGCCAUCGAGAAGAGACCAGCACAGACUGUCGCAGCCCCCACUCACCAUCUCACCGAGCAAUUCGAGUCAAUUAAACAGCAAGAGAGCAUCACUGCAGACACAAUCGUCACCUACACAGCAGCAUCACCAUCAUCACCAUAGAUUCUCUACAAAUUUGUCCAAUCCAGCUGGAUCCACAGGAGAGAGCAUAAGGACAAGGAAGCGCACACCAGGGAGAAUAAAGAAAUUGCUGGGUGAUUUUUAUCUGCUGGCAGGUCGACUACCAGACGCUGUGAACCACUAUGAUCAAGCAAUAGAGAUGGCCAAGAUCACAUCCGAUUUUCUGUGGUUGGCAAGUGCGAUGGAAGGAUUAGUGUGUGCAACCAUCUUGUUAGAGUACUUGCAAGCAGACAUUGGACAUAUUGUAUCGAGGAACUCAGCGUCGUCACCAGGUCCGCUUACUACAGCAGAGGAGACCAGCGAAUCAUCCACUUCAUCGCCUUCAUCCGAGAGUCGAGGACCACGAUCCACCUUGACUGUAGUGACAGAUCAGUACACAACCAUCAUCAAAAACUACCAACGCACGUACCUGACAGCCAAUUUAUCUGUGCCGGAUUUAGUGUAUGCGGAAGCCUGCCUCAAAAUUGCUCGACUGCUCAGCACAGCACUCUUGAACCAAGGAUGGAAUGAUUACACUAUGGGAUUGCUGGUGCAGGGGAAGCUCAGUGAGAAUGAGCAAGACGAAUUACGGGAAAAGAAGAGUGGAAACUGUGUGCUUUUAUCUGCAAAGGAUAUGAUUCGAUUCAAGAGCAGUGGCAUACCAAGAUAUCACAUCGCAGAAUGGGUCACCAAAAUAUGGGGGAUUCAUAUGAAUGAGCUGGCCUUGUUGGACCAGAUCUACCUGACAACAGCCAUGUCCUCGGUGUACUCUUUCAUUGGGUAUCAUCGAAAAGCAGCUUGGCUUAUGCACGAAGGUGUGGAUAGAAUGCUGCCUCUGUUGAUACAGCACCGUAGAUCAGGACUCUCUAAAGACACUGCAAAACUAUCCACAGCCUACGACAAUGGUGUCCUGGAAAUACUGAAGCGCAUCUGCGAAAUAUACGGUAUUGGCGAGCGCAAUGUGCACGAUGGAGGUGCUUUGGAGGCUAUGCGUCAGGAGGAUCAAGAGCUAUUUUCAAAGCAGACGCCCUCUCGGUCCAAAGGCAACAUUCGACCCAAGGAGGAGCAUCGCUUUGGAUGGCCUGAAUUGCAGAUAUGCAUAUUGAAGCAGUGUAUAUCUGUAUCCGAUGCUUUGAUUGACAAUGGUUCUCGACUCUACUACACAACCGUGCUCUUGAAGAAUCUGUAUCAGCACAUUCCCAAGGCAGAGCAGAUCAAGCUAGCAACCACGAUACAGGGCAUGGUGGCUCAUACGCACCGAGACAAAAAGUCAUCUUCACUGGUGUAUGGCACAGAGUCUAUUAACUACUGGGGAGUCAAUAUUGUAUCGCGCGUGGAAGCAAAGAAACCAAUAUCCAGAAAGGCUGUGUAUGCGCAUCCUAUCAAGAACGAAGCAAUGGCCAAUGCACAAAAGGCGAUACCGUUAGCAAAUGCCAACGAUCCCUUCAUUUACAACCCUUUUGCAAAAAAGGCGGAUACAACAUCCAAGAUCGUACUAGUUAAAAACGAAUUGUCAGAAUUCAAGAUGACAUUGGUCAAUCCGUUUGGUUUUGAUUUGGAGCUUCAGAGCAUAGCAUUAAGCACAUCAGGUAUCUCAUUCAACGCGGUGUCGACUGCUAUUACUAUUCCAGCAAAUGCCACUAUGCAUGUGCCGUUGAUGGGGACACCAGAAGAAACAGGUACGCUUAUCAUUAGAGGAUGCUUGAUUCAGAUCAUUGGAUUUGCGGAACAAGAGUUUUUGGUCGAUAACGAAGUCAAGAAAUCGCCAGAAGACACCUCAAACGAUAGCUUUAUCAAGAUCAAGCGCACUGGACUGGAUGCCAUCAAAACAAACAGAACAAGAGAAACAUUGGGCGAUACUAGUCCUAUCACAUUCUAUAAUCUCAAUGUCAUUGAUGAUCAGCCCUUGCUGAAAAUCAAGUCGACAUCGCUGCUACACGGCGCUGUGAUGCUCUACGAAGGAGAAGUCACCCACAUCACGAUUGAACUAGAGAAUAUUGGCAAUAUUGCAGUAGAUUUCAUCACGCUGUCAUUUACAGAUUCCACCACCACAAAUACCCUGAUGAAUCCAGAACUAACACCUGAAGAUCAGUAUGAACUCGAGCUGUACACCAAGGGCACGCGUGUCUUUUCUUGGGAGGGAACAUCAGAGAAAAGAUCCAAUGACUUGAUAGGUAAGAAGAUAUGGCUGCCACAAGGUGCAAGUACGACUAUCAAGAUCAAUGUCUAUGGCAAACGAGAUUGCCAUGGAGGAACGAUCCAGAUUGACUAUGGCUAUUUGGAUCGCACUGUAGAGAAGAUACAAUCAUUGCAGUCCACCCAGAACGACGCUACUGCUGCCCCUGCUACCAUGUUCUAUACACGUCAAUUGUAUCUCAAUGUGCUUAUCACUGUAUAUCAAAACAUUGAACCAUUCAAUUGGGAUGUGGCUUAUCUCAGACACAGCACACCUGCACCCAAAGAAACCUUAGAUCUCGCUUUUGACCACCUGCGUACCAUCAAAGAGGUCAUGGAAGCAGAAGAAAGAGGUAUAUCCAGCACCUCUCUAUCGCAGCAACAGCCCAUUGAGGACUUGCUGCUGGUCACAAGAAACAUAGAAUUGAAGAAUCAAGAAAGAAACGAAUACUGUCUGAUCACAUUGGACGUACGCAAUAGAUGGACCACGCCAUUCGACGUUGAUUUUGUAGUGAAUAGCAAAACAAAGGAUGACGAUAGCAGCGAUAUGGAUGAAUUGGCAUCUCAUCUUACAGUACAGCCUGGCUCUACAUCGCGGGUCAUUCUUCCCUUGAAAAGACUGUUUCUCUCGCCUGAUGUUUGUCGUCAAGAGAUACCUUCAUUUGAUCCAAACAAGCAGUUUGUCGUAUCUCAAGGCCCCAAGGUAUCAAAAGAACAACGGCAAGCCCGUUUACAGAUGUUCUGGUACAGAGAAGAACUAUUGAAUCGCAUAAAGGCAACAUGGCGAUGUGGAUCCACAGGCAGAAUGGGUGAAUUAAAUCUGCGUCCUUCAUUGAGGCUGACAUCGAUGCAGUUGGGUAUUCUCAAGAAGGAAGAUGUCGAGUUUGUGGUAGAUUUGAAGGGUCAUAGCAUACAGAAACUGAGCCAUAGAAAGUUUACUUGUGUCUGUAAUGACCAUGUGAUAAUGACAGUGUCUGUGAGAAAUCGAUUCACUCAUCCUAUCAAGCUGAUUUUGCGCAUUCAACCUGUCCAAAGCUACAAUGACGGCGUCAAAGAGUAUGAUUUGUCAAGCAAGCUACUGAUGGAAGGUGUCAGACAGGUCGUUCUUCCUGAGAUUCCUGCCUCUAAUGGUGUUGCCAAGCACUCAUUUCCAAUGUAUUUUCUAUCCCGUGGCCAGUUUGAACUCUUGUAUCAUGCAGAAGACGUUCAUUCAAGGGACAUAUACUAUGACCAUGAGUGGGCUGUUGUUGAUGUUACUGAAAGUGAUCAUGUAAAUUAA